UUUAGCCGUUCCCCCCGCAAACCGCAGCAACGCCCUCCCGUUUCCUUCCUCUCCAGUCUCCAAUCCCGGCGACUCCCCCUCCCUUCUGCAGACUGCAGCUCUCCUAUCUCCCACGCGCGCGCCAGGAGCGCCCCGUGCUCCGAUGGGAUCGCCGGGGAUGGCGACGGCGGCGGGCACGGCGGUGCUGGUCUACCUGGUGCUGUCGGGGCGGCUUUGCGGGGACGCCGACGGGGCAGCUGGCGGCAGGGGCGCCAUGGAGGACGAGAUGAUAAGCUCCGCGGUUUCGGAUGCCGCAGAAGCGAGGGAGCGGAGGCAGGAGGAGGCGCGGGGGAGGCGGCGUGCGCAGCGCGCGAGGCGCGGGCGUCGGUGGCCGGAGCGGGCCCCGGACGGCUGGGGCGAGGCGGUGGCGGGGGCCGCUCGGACCGUGCGGUUCGCCUACGGGCAGACGCUCGGCAAGUGGUCCCUCGGGGAGCUCGCCUUCGGGAUCAACUACUACAUGCGGCAGCAGGGUAAUCUGCAGCAUGAGUAUGCUGGGAGUGAUUCUGUACGACUGGGAGGGCCUGGGGCAAGAGAGGAGCUGAUUUCAUUACUCGGAUAUAUGAAGUUAUGCAUGUAUUUCUCAAAGAAGCCAUACAAAGUGUUUUUGGAAUUUGGUGGGUUUGAUCAGAGUGAUGUUCUUAUUAAGAAAUCUAAGGCGAGGUUUCUGAAGCCUGCUUUCACAGUUGUCCGUGAUAGAAGCUCCAAAUGCUUUCUCCUUUUCAUUCGGGGGGCUAUUAGUAUUAAGGAACGGUUAACAGCAGCAACUGGAGCAGACAUUCCAUUUCAUCAUGUUGUGGCUAAAGAUGGCUGUGUAUCCAACCUAGUGCUGGGGUAUGCGCAUUGUGGAAUGGCUACAGCGGCUCGCUGGAUUGCAAAUCAGGCCAUUCCUUGCCUCAGUAAGGCAGUAGAGAAAUUCCCGGACCACAGAAUUACGAUAAUUGGGCAUUCAAUGGGUGCCAGUAUCGCUGCAUUACUGACAUACAUUCUGCGUGAGAAUGACAGGUUAUUAUCAUCUACAUGUAUUGCAUUUGGACCAGCUGCUUGCAUGACAUGGGACUUGGCUGAGUCGGGUAAAGACUUCAUUACUACCAUUGUCAAUAGGAAUGAUGUAGUUCCAUCUCUUGGUAGAGUUUCGACUGCCAAACUCCAUACAGAGGUGAUGGCAUCAUCAUGGGUGCAUGAACUUCGUGAACAAAUUCAACAGACUAGAUUCUUAGGUUUCGUCAAUCGCUCUGUGAGCUUCGUGCGAUCUCAUGUACCCUUCAUAUCUGAUCCAAAAUCUAAGGUUGUAGAUGUCGAUAUGCUGCAGUCUCCCGCUUCUGAGGCUGAGGCCACAUCUUCAGAAGAUGCCCAUUGUGGGGUGAAGAAACGCUCUUCUCUUGUUUGCUGGUCAUGCUCUUCUGCGCAGAAGCAAUCUAUUGACCCUGCAAAACGUACUCGGGACAUGACAAAUCAAACUGAUAUUGAUGUGAAAACUGAAAAAAACGACACUGAAGCGGCUGAUGCAGGGUUAGUCUCAAUUUAUUUUGGGGAGUUAAACCUUCAUACGUCGGAUAAUGAAGAUACCGACAAAGAGGAUAUCAAAUCACCUCUGAAAUCACCUCUGAAAGGUUCAAGUGAAGGCCUGGUCAAGCAAAUGGAGCUGUCACCGUCAAGCCCUUCUGAAGAUUCCCUCCAGCUAUACCCUCCAGGAAGAAUACUGCACAUGGUUGCAUUGCCAGCUGGAGAGGAACCCAACACCAGUGAGCAAGGUAGGCGGGAGGAGGUUGUCACCCUGUACGAGACACCUCGACAUCUCUACAGCAAGAUUCGUCUGGGGAGGUCUAUGGUAGGGGAACAUUACAUGCCCAAGUACAUCAGGACAAUGGAGCUGUUGAUUGAGAAGCUUGCGAAGGAGGACAUGGACAGUGACCAACUUGACUUGUUGUAGUAGUGACUGAUCACUGAUGUACAGAAUAGUUGUUGUACAGAUCAUGGAAAGAGAGUGCAUCUGCUUCUGUUUGCUGUUGCUUGCACCUUAGCAUCCAGAAGCUGUAUAAUCCUUAGUUGACUUUGUUCGGUUGAUCUGCCAUUGACUGGAUCAGCUCAAAGAGCAGAAGCCUAGUGAUGAUUUCAGUAAUUCAGCAGUGUUGUUGGUUUUGGCUGUGAAUAUUCAUCUACAAGUUAGAUUGGUUAACCCAUGAUUUGGAAGAUCUUAACCGUUUGUUCAGAAGGUAUUUGGUUCUGAAGCUGUUUAAUAUCCAUCAUUUUGUCUCAA